UAUAUCAUCUGGAUCGUAAGACUUCAUUACAUGUUAUGCCACUUUGCAGACAUUCCCUGAUUACAAGCUGUCAAUUUAAGCUAAACUGAUGAUGAGCUGCGAAACUUUGCGAGAUCCGAAAUCAUGCAAUGCCAUUUUAAACCCCGAUCAGCCAGACGAAAUGAAAGUCAGUGGAUAUCGACGCUCGCAUAUUCGUACAUUCUUAUGCUGGAUAUGCAUCAUCCUAACGGGUGGAAUACUAAGGCUAGUAUUGCAUUGGUGGCGUCAUUGGUAUUUGCUGGCCACAUGCCAGCCGUGUCCGUUGGAGGAUGCACAACAAGUACUUAUCGAAGAGGACUAUCAGGGAAAUCACAAGGUUUAUCAUGUUAAACAUGUUCGCACGUUGGAUAUAGGACAACUCAAAAAAUUGCUCCAGCAAAUGGGCGAGGAAGUUGAUGAAAAGAAACUUCACCUGCCAGUUCACAUAUCUUCAGCGCAUUUUAAAGGCUACAGAUCUUUAAGAACAUUCCGAUGCAAGCAGCUCGUUUAUGUGUGGGAAAGCAGCGCCAACAACUUUCAAAAGAUCAACGGAUUGGAUGUAAAUGUACCUUGCUCUUAUUACCAUCAACAACGUGGCUUAACUACGCAAGAGCAGCUCGCACGCCGUAUUGUAUUUGGUGAUAAUGAAAUAACAGUGCCCCUGAAAGAUGUGAAGACUUUGCUAUUUCUAGAAGCUCUAAAUCCUUUUUAUGUGUUUCAAAUAUUUUCGGUUGUCCUUUGGUUUACAUACGACUAUUACUACUAUGCUUGCGUAAUCUUAUUAAUGUCAAUAUUUGGCAUAUCAAUGUCUAUUCUACAAACGAAGAAGAAUCAAGAUGAUUUGCAACAAACAGUUCUAAAUACGGGAAAUGCAUGGAUGGUCAACGCGAAAGGAGAAUCGAUAGAAGUGGAUACGAAAAUGCUAGUGCCUGGUGAUAUUAUUGAAAUACCAUCAUCCGGUUGCACAAUGCAAUGUGACGCCGUUUUAUUAUCCGGCAACUGUAUCCUAGACGAAUCAAUGCUAACUGGAGAGAGUGUACCAGUUACUAAAACACCACUUCCGAUGAAGCGAGAUGUUAUAUUUGAUAAAAAAGAACAUGCACGUCACACUCUAUUUUGUGGCACUAAAGUUAUACAAACUCGGUAUAUCGGGUCGAAAAAGGUGUUAGCUUUUGUUAUAAAUACAGGAAACAUAACGGCAAAAGGAGGAUUAAUACGCUCUAUACUCUAUCCACCACCUGUAGACUAUAAGUUUGAACAGGAUUCAUACAAGUUUAUUCAGUUCUUAGCGUUAAUUGCCUGCAUUGGCUUUAUAUAUACUCUUGUCACAAAGAUAUUGCGUGGUACAGACACGGUUAAGAUUGUGAUCGAAUCGUUGGACCUUAUUACAAUUGUGGUACCACCAGCAUUACCGGCAGCCAUGACCGUUGGCCGGUUUUAUGCUCAAAAACGCUUAAAAGCUAACAACAUAUUUUGUAUAUCUCCGCGAUCCAUCAACGUGGCAGGCAGUAUUGAUUGCUGUUGCUUUGAUAAGACUGGAACUUUGACAGAGGAUGGUUUGGAUAUGUGGGGCGUUGUACCAAAGUCGUCGACAAAUCAGUUUCAAAUACCCCUUAAAGAUGUUAAGCGAUUACCAUACGAUCAUUUUCUGUUUGGGAUGGUCACGUGCCAUUCAAUUACUUUCAUGAAUGGUACAAUGAUGGGUGAUCCCUUAGAUCUUAAGAUGUUUGAAUCGACUGGUUGGGUACUUGAAGAUUCAAAUAAUAUACCUGAAAACGAGAAAUAUGGACUGAUCUAUCCCACAAUAUUGCGGCAACCCACUCGAGACGAAACAAAAUUAUCUCCAAAAGAGGGAAUGCCAACAAGAUCAUCUGUAUUGCGACAGAAUUCUGUAGAUGAUCUAUUGGCUAACGUUGGAAUUUUGAAAGCUGAGAAAAAUUUUGAUCAUGGAAUUGUAAGAGAGUUCCCCUUUACAUCCACCCUGCAACGUAUGUCAGUAAUAACGCGUUGUCUCAGUGCUCAAGGAUUCAAUGUAUACUGCAAGGGUUCUCCUGAAAUGCUGCAACAAUUGUGUCUGCCACAGAGUAUACCGAGCGACUAUACUCAACAACUAUCAAUUUUUGCAAAGAAAGGUUUCCGCGUUAUUGCCAUGGCAUACAAGACUUUCAACCCAAAGAUGAAUUACACAAAGAUACAGAGGCUUUCUCGUGAGGAGGUCGAGGUCAGUUUAGAAUUUUUAGGCUUUGUGAUUCUUGAAAAUCGUCUUAAGCCUGAUACAUCGGCAGUUAUAAACUCACUCAAUCAGGCAAAUAUUCGCACAAUUAUGGUUACAGGUGAUAAUAUAUUAACUGCCAUGAGUGUCGCUCGGGACUGUGGCAUUGUAAGCGCUACGCAGACAGUUAUCACAGUCCAUGCUGUACCCUUGCCAAAAGCCUUUGACAAAUCGAGUGCCGAAGAACAUGUUUGUCAAUAUGAACUUCAGUAUACUCUUGAGCUGGGUAGUAAAGCAUGUUCACCUGCACUGAAUGGUAAUAGAGCAUUUUCCGCUGGUGAAAUCGUACUAAAUAUGGAUCAUCUCACAAAAUCAACUAAUUCAUUAGUAAAUGGCCUAAGUUGUAGCUCAAGUGUAUUACCCAAUAGCAAUAGUUUGACAAGCGUAAAGACUAUAGAUACAUGGACGCAUAACGAUAUCGAUGGCGAUGAUGUGGAGCUUGGAGCAGAGGCUGUCAUACGUAAUGAUGCUAACUGGCGUCGUCAAUAUAUAUUUGCCAUGGAUGGCAAGACAUGGCAAAUUGUACAGAAUCAAUUUCCGCAGCAAAUGGAAAUCAUUUUGACCCGCGGAGCAAUUUAUGCGCGUAUGUCACCGGAACAAAAGCAAUCUCUAGUGAUGGAGCUUCAAAAUUUGGAUUAUUAUGUUGCGAUGUGCGGAGAUGGAGCAAACGACUGUGGUGCUUUAAAGGUAGCACAUACGGGUAUAUCAUUAAGUGAUAGUGAAUCAUCAAUUGCGUCGCCAUUCACAUCCCGUAAUCCUACUAUUGCAGCCGUACCAAAUGUUGUAAAAGAAGGCCGCGCCGCUUUGGUUACAUCAUUUGGUAUAUUCAAAUAUAUGGCCGCCUAUUCGUUAGUACAGUUUAUAUCCGUAAUGAUACUAUACUCGAUCGAUUCGAAUUUAACAGAUAAACAAUAUCUCUAUAUCGAUCUUGGCUUAAUAUCGGUAUUUGCAUUCUUCUUUGGAAAAACAGAGGCCUAUGAUGGCCAACUCAAUAAACAAGUGCCACUUAAUUCACUCAUAUCGCCAACGCCUUUAACCUCUCUUGUGCUUCACCUAGUCGUAGUGGUUACAUUUCAGGUCACUACCUGGUUCCAACUACAUAAGCAGUCUUGGUUCACACCUUUUCGGCCAGAGGGAGAAGACCAUUUAGGUUGUUAUGAGAAUUACACGAUGUUUGCAAUAUCCAGUUUUCAGUAUAUUAUACUUGCAUUUGUAUUUUCAAAAGGAGCCCCAUAUCGAAAACCAAUAUGGUCUAACUGGCCAUUAUGUUUGGCUCUGAUUUUAAACGCUUGCAUUGUCGUUUAUUUGGUUGUUUAUCCAAGUGAUUGGAUAGCCAACUUUUUUCAAAUUAUUGUUCCACCUGAUAUGUCAUUUCGUUACAUUAUGCUCCUAUAUGGAGCGGCAGCAUUUAUCUCUCAUGUCUUUCUCGAGAAUUUUGUGGUUGAGUAUUUGGUAUUUAAGCGAUUCCAAGUACGACGUGAACAAAAUGUAAACACAUCAACGCGAAAAUAUAUGCGAUUGGAAUAUAAUAUCAAAUCGUUUGAUAACUGGCCUCCCAUAACUGAAGUAUGUGAUCUGCACGAUCCAACAGAUCUAGUGGUUGAGGUACAGCCGACAUAUGUUAAUUUAGGUGCAGAACAAAAUGUAGACGCCCAGCACAACGCAUUCCCUGGAUUUUUUGAGACAUUAGAAAAUAGUGUAGAUCACCGUAAUCGCUUUUCGAUCCUGAAAUCUAAUAGCUGAAGUUUAAAAAUAAAUA